AUGGAGCCCCAAAGUCAGCAUGGCAGCGGUGGUUCGCUAGUGGCGAUUCAGCAGCCCUCCUUGGACAGCCGGCAACGGCUGGACUACGAAAGAGAGAGCCAGCCGACGACGAUCUUGUCGCUGGACCAGAUCAAGGCGAUCAGGGGCAGCAACGAAUACACCGAAGGUCCAUCUGUGGUGAAAAAAUCUGGGCCGCGGACAGCACCGAGGCAAGAGAAGCAUGAGAGGACUCACGAAAUCAUACCAAUUAAUGUGAAUAAUAACUACGAACACAGACCCAGCCACGUGGGGCACGUGGCGCAUCAGCAUAGCGCCAGGGCUCCCGUCCUGAGCAGGUCCACCAGCACGGGGAGCGCGGCGAGCUCUGGGAGCAACAGCAGUGCUUCCUCGGAGCAAGGUCUGCUGGGGCGGUCGCCUCCAUCCAGGCCGGGCUCCGGCCACAGGUCCGAUCGGACAAUCCGGACGCAGCCCAAGCAGUCGUCUCUGACCGUAGAUGACCUGAAGGGUCCUUUGAAAGAGGACUUGACGCAGCACAAGUUUAUCUGCGAACAGUGCGGGAAGUGCAAGUGCGGGGAGUGCACGGCGCCGAGGGCGCUCCCUUCCUGCUUGGCCUGCAACCGGCAGUGCUUGUGCUCUGCGGAGAGCAUGGUGGAGUACGGCACCUGCAUGUGCUUGGUCAAAGGGGUCUUCUACCACUGUUCCAACGACGAUGAAGGGGACUCUUACGCGGAUAAUCCCUGCUCGUGUUCCCAGUCACACUGCUGUUCUAGGUACCUGUGCAUGGGAGCCAUGGCCUUGCUUCUGCCUUGCUUGCUCUGCUACCCUCCCGCAAAAGGAUGCCUAAAACUCUGUCGAGGGUGUUACGACCGCAUCAAUCGUCCAGGUUGCCGGUGCAAGAACUCCAACACGGUCUAUUGUAAACUGGAGAGCUGCCCCUCCCGGGGUCAGGGCAAGCCCUCAUGA